CCAAAACGUUAAUCAUUAGGCGAGCACCAUAUUUUAAGGAAUUCUAGCCGAGGUUUGAAAGAACUGCAGAAGUUUCUCUCUUUCAUAUUCUUUAUCUUUGUAUUUUAAUAUCAUCUGCAGGCAAAUGAGAAAAUAAAACUUAAAAGAGAGGAAAAGAGGAAAAGAGGAAAAGAGGAAAAGGAAAAUCUAAGGAAACGUUCAAAUACUUUGUUUGCAAUACUAGAAAUAAUUGAGAAGCAAUUAUAUUUUAAAUUCUUGAAGGUGCAAGUUGAAACUUGUAUAUAGUUUAGGGUCCAUUUUAUAAUUUUUCUUUACAAUUUUUGCUGUUAAUGAGGCUUAUUUUAAAGGCGCGGUUGACGGUUUUGGGCCAGCAGAUCUUCAUGACCGGACAACAAAAAAAGAGUGGGUUCCUUCAAAAUUAAUUUCGAUCAGAAGUAUUUUCUCAUUUUAUGUCAAAACAAAUGCAGCAUAAACCUAUUUUAUUUUUUAUUUAUUUUUAAAUAUUAAAUGCCAAUUAGGAAUCUGAAUUCUUUUUGUUUAUGUCUCUCAACUUAUUGUUCAUUAAACUAAGGGAGUGUCAGUAAAGUUGAACUUGGUUCUCCUUUCCAGUUUGCCACAUGCAAGAGCAGUACACCUCACCUAAAAGGUUCCAUUUCUCUCAUUUUCAUAUGGCUAGAAGCUCGACUCUUGUAAUCACGACAACCACAAGCUCAAACAAGAAAAUGGUUUUAAAAAUCGCUUGGCAAAUACUUUAUUGCACACUAAAUUGUUAUAAUUGCUGCCAUUAUGAGCCUAAUGAUUAACAUCAAUGAUUCCAUCUUUUAAGGCACACUAUAUACAAACAGUUAGGCAUGAACAAAGCACAUACAGCAUAGCAACACCACAAGUUAGCAAUGUUGAGGAAAGGCUCUGCUCUUUAACCAUUUCUAUGUUACCAAAUUCUACUGUGAUGGUGGGAUGGUGGCGGCAACGCAGACGGCCGCUUAGGCAGUGGAAGGGUAGCACCAUUCGGCUAGGAAAUAAGCGGAGAGGGUUCUGCCUAGGAUCAAGACCGGUGGUGCACUGGAGGGUCAUGCGGGGUUCUCUUAAGAUGCUGAAGAAGAUCAUUAUGGGAAUGGCACCAAAUGAGCUGUUGACAGAGGCUUAUUAUCGAUCUUUAGGUCCCUUUUUACGUCCCCAGCUAUUUCUUCCCUUGUGUUGAUUACCGACGGCAUUUCGUUUGGGCGGGGUUUUGUUGUUUUAUUGCUUGCUUUUUUCAGUUCUUGUACUCUUUCUGUUCUUGUAAAGUUGUGUAAUGAGGGGCUGCGCAAUCCCUCCUAAUGGAGUGAUUAAUGAAAGAAGAAAACCAAACAUUGUUAGAUGAAAUAACAUUUAUGUAAUAUUCUAGAUUGUGUAGAGGAAUCUAGUGAAUGUAUUGUUAGAUAUGACAUUAUUUGUUUAUGAAUGAGAAGUUUUUAUUCUUUAUAAUAA